AGUUGAUGCAGGCACGCGACUGCGACUAGACGAUAUUUAUAUGUUGGAUUCUGUAUUUUCUCUAUUUUCUAUCGAUUCGACAUCACGAAAUUGUUGAAUGACGUCACUCUUGUUACGGUGCAUGCGCGUAAAGUACAAAAGUGACAAAUCAGGGUCAAGAUCCUUAAUUCGGAUAUUUUUUCAUCAGAAUGAAGCAUUCAUUUAGGGAUGUGCUUAGUAGUUCGAGCGGCAGCUUACGGCAGAAAUUGGAGGAAGUUUUUAAAUUGAUGCUGGUAUUAUGGUGUCGACAGUCACAAGCUAAUAGACUCGUUGCUGCAGAUCCUUGUGAAAGUGACAAAACAGUUGUGGUGAGACGUGGUAAUGAAGAGUUUGGAUUCAGAAUUCACGGAAGCAAGCCUGUUGUUGUGUCUGCAAUUGAACCUGACACACCGGCUGAGACUUCUGGGUUGGAAGUUGGAGACAUAGUCAUCGCUGUAAAUGGGAUCAAUGUUUUGGACAAGACACAUUCCGAGGUGGUGAAAAUAGCUCACUCGGGAUCGGAAAUUUUGGAGCUACAAGUCGCUAGAACUUGUGAUGUUGUGGCAUCAUUGGCUCAUGAAGGUGGACCAGCUGCGUUAUACUCCGGAUAUCUAUGGCGUGCAGCGCCUCUGAGACCUCAUCAUCCACCACGCUGGACGCGUCGCUGGUUCGUUUUGAAGAGGGAUAAUUGUCUAUAUUAUUAUAAAACAGAUUCGAGCAUUCACCCAGUUGGAGCUUUGAUGCUUGUAAACUACCAACUUACGGAAGAAGACGCUGGGCGACCACAUGGAUUCCGAUUGCAGCGUGGUGGCGGAACAAGGCUACAACUCGCUGCAGACACUGCUGAAGCAGCCGCUAGAUGGCGCGCUGUACUAGCUCAUGCUAUCGAAGCUAGUAACCAGCGCGACGGAUGGCUGGAAGUUACGAUGAGGAAUAUGAAGCUGCCACCGUCUUCCAUUCUACGUCCAGACUGCUUUGGUUAUCUCAUGAAGUUGGGCUCAAAAUGGAAGUCCUGGGCAAAACGAUACUGCGUUUUAAAAGAUGCUUGUCUGUACUUCUACAAUGAUGGGAAUAGCAAAAGUGCUUUUGGUAUGGCUUGCUUACACGGCUACAGAAUUCAGACCUGCGCACCAGGUGGCAAGAAAUACGCUUUCGAAGUAAUGCCAACUGAACCUAAACAAAGGCACUUCUACUUUCACACUGAAUCCGAAAUGGACAGAAAGCGAUGGAUGGCAGCCCUGGAAUACUCCAUAGACCGAUGGAUGAAGGCUGGUUGACGACGACACAUGAUAUGGGAAGAUUCAUUCGAUAUUAUAUAAUUUAUUUUAUAAAACUGUAGUAGUUCUCAUUUUAUAUAUCCGUGAACCUAAUAACCCUUUAAGAAUGACCAAAAUAUAUAACUUGUAUUUAUGUCUAUAGAGUAGAAUAUAAAAUAAUCCAUUUCAAACCUCCGUAGAUACGUACGGUACGGUAGUCAACCAUUUUGUCGCGGCGUUCUGAGCCGCGGGUUCUAAUCACGCACGGAACAAGUUUUUGUGCACAUACAAACAAAUGUCCCAUGUCAGGAUGUGGGUCCUUAUGCAAUUUAUAUAUUUAAACCACCUAUACGAUAGAAGAGAAAACCCUACAAACCCUACUGAUGGGGUAACUUUUGUAUUUAAUCCAAAACAGUUACAAAAUAGUGAAACCAAUUUGUCAAGAUUACACACAAUAUCGUCAUGUGUUUAUUUUAAUAAAUAAAAUAAGGCAUUUAAAUUGAAAUGGUAGCAUUUUUUUUUUAGUUACGAAUAGUCAAAUAAAAUUAAUAUACAUAUUAUUCAGUUUAUUUUAGAGAGAAUAAUAAAUAAUAUUUGUACCACCAAAGCCAUUUAAGUCAUAACAACGUUGGUACCCGUCCUGCCAUGUUAGCUUUGUAAUCCCUGCUAAAAUAUCUUUGAUAUAGUGCCGAUUUUUCAAUCCUCAGUUAAAAUUUAUUCAUACGAUAUAAUUCAACAUAAAAAAAUUUAAAAUUACAGUUGUAUGAAUGUUAAUAUUGGAUCAGUCAGUAAUUUAUUUGAUGGCUAAAUUUUAUUUGACGAUUUAAAAAUCGGCUCUAAAUCAACAAAAUAAAUAAAAUGCAUAAAAUUUAAGAAGUUACAUAUAAUAUAUAAAAGUGUCUAUUUAAUAUAAAAUAUCAAUAAUGGCAAAAAUUACUUAUCAAGAAUGAAAUGUAAUUCAAAUGAAACCAUACGAAUGUAUGUUAUAAAUAAUAAUAUAUAUAUAUAUUGGGUUCUUAGAAUUUUAGCAAGCAUUAAGGUUAGAUAAAUUGUAACGGUGCAUCGAAGAUGAAACAUUGUUUUAUAAAAGCAUAGCUUUAAACGAUGUAAUUCUAAAGUUAUUUAUAAAAAUGUUAUGGAAUGAAGAUUUAAAAUAUUGUCCUUUUGUACAUGCGACUGAACCAAUGAGACUAAGUCAGGCGUUUUAAAUAUUGAUGCUAAAUAGAUGAAGAACUCGAUAAAUCACUAUUUUAACCAAGAAUGAAUAACAAGAAAGUUAUAAAAAUAAUUCCCAUUUUUAUAAUUGAUAUAAUAUGUAAAGGCGGUUUAUCUUUAGGUUACUACGCCGUGAGAACUAGUUAGAACGAAGUUAAUAGUAUGUUAUUUAAAUUGGCUUAGGUAUGAUAGUGUUUUUCUUUAUGGAAAAUCAAGAUAAGUAUUCUAAAAAAAUAUAUAUGGAAGUUUGUUCUAAAAUAGUUUAAAAUACUUAAUGUAACAUGUAGAGGUAGUAAAAUGUGAAAUGAAUGUCCUAGUAAUCGAUGUGCCAAAAGCAGUUUCUUAGACUUUAAAAGAUAUUAAGAUUAUUAGAUAUUUAUGAUUAAAUGAAAAUUAUCAUUAGGGUAAUUUUAAUUAUUUUAAAUCAAAAAGUAAUUCUUUAAACUAUUUAAAGGAAAUUAAUAUUUUAUUGGUGUUGUGAAAUAAUUUCUAAAUUUCUUUUAAUCUUAUAAUCUUUUGGUAUAUUUUAAAUAUGAAUGUUUUUAAAAUCUUCUUCAAAUAUAAAAUAAAAUGUGUAUAAAUAUUACGAUUGUUAGUUUAAUUAUUAAAAUGAGUAUGGUGUAAGAAAAUAAAUCUAAUAAUACAAUUAGAACGUGGUCCAUAAUAGGUGACUUAAAAAUGUGCAUUAAAUGAUUAAAUAAUAAAAAAGAUAAAUCCAAGAUGUCAUGUUGUAAAUAAAUAGUCACGUUAACGCUCAAAUAUAUUUAAAUGAUAAAUAAAGACUUGAAUAUAAACAGACUUGGUUUUAUGCUUAUAGAAGGAGUAGCCUUUAUAAUAGUGAGUGUUUAAUGUCGAUAUUAGGUGAAAGAUACUUAUUAAGAAAUGUUUUCUUUUGUCAUUCAAUGCAAAUUUUAAAGAGCACAUUUAUACUAAAUACUGUUUAUUAUUAUAAAUAUUUAUUAAUAUUGAGGCGAAUAAAAUAUUGUUAUGUGUUCAUAAAUAAGUAAACUAUAGUUUUUAGAUCCAAAAAUAUAUGUAUCACAAAUAAUGAAAUAUUACAAUGAUCCACUUGCCAAAAUGUUACCAAAUAGAUUUUUAAAACUAAAUUUGAAACAUGAGAUAAUAUAUGUAUAAUUAAUAUAGCAUGCAUUCUAUAACGGUGUAGAACUCCGCCCUCUACUGCUGAAGACGAAAGGUGUUAUUGAAGUGAAGUAGGCACAGAAAGCUAACCAUUCAAAAUCAUAUUAAUAUGUUACUUAAGCCCCAUAUUGUCGGAUUUAGAAAAGUGGAAAAAGAAUAUUAUAAAUGGAAUUAUGUCCCAAAAGGGAUAUUUUUAAAAUAAUUUAUGUGGAUGUAUUAAUAGAAUUCGUUGUAAUAAAAAUUAAUAGUACUU